AUGGAAGGAAGUGACGACUACGCCACAAUGGAUUUCAACAUACAAAAUGUCUCCGAUCAGGUGUGCGUCCAGCCUGACCUUCGACCUUUCCACCCUUCUGUUGCAGGCUUCUUCUACCAGGUACCAGAUUUGAUAUGCGAUAACAAACUUAAUUGGAUAGCGGUGGAAAACGGGACUUUCUGGAUAACGCCCGAGGCUAAGAAACUUUAUGGGGAAAUCAAAUGUCAGUUUGCCGCAGUGAUACGGAAACAGGGAAACGACAAUCUAACGGUGACUGGCAAAAGGGAGGCAAUGACUCAAGAUAUCAUGUCAGCUCCGUCAGAUUUCUUUAAAGUAUCGUGUUUAUCCGCUAAUAAAACCCGAUACGUAAAUGUCCACGCAACAGUUACUUAUAAUUCAACCAAGCAUAAAAUAGAAAUGAAAAACACUAAAAUGAUGGGACUGAAUGUUUUAAUGUUAGGAUUCGACAGCGUGUCAAGGAUGACUUGGCUACGGAAACUUCCUAAAAGUCGACAUUAUUUUAGAAACAUUCUUGGUGGUAUUGAAUUAGAAGGUUACAAUAUUGUCGGAGAUGGUACUCCUCAGGCCCUGCUACCAUUACUGACAGGAAUGACGGAGUCCGAGCUUCCCGAGUCACGCCGAGGGCAUCCGAACGCAACGGUAGUAGAUGGCCAUCCGUGGAUCUGGAAGGAUUUCGAAUCUGCCGGAUACAUUACACAAUGGGCUGAGGAUAUGGCGUACAUAGGGACAUUUAACCUACGGAUGAUGGGAUUCACACACCAGCCCGUACACCAUUACAUGCGUCCAUAUUAUUUGGUAGCUGAGAAGUUAUACAACCACAACAAGCCUUACUGUCUAGGAUCUCUCCCGCGACACAAGAUCAUGCUCGACUGGGUUAGAGACAGUUUUAUGCAAUAUCAACAGAAGCUCAAAUUCAUAUUCGGAUUCCAUUCCGAGUACAGUCACGGAAACCCUAACAACCUACAAUGGGCGGAUGUCGACUUGUUAUCCUUGUUGGAAUUUUUGAAUGACCAUCAUUACUUGAAUAAUACGAUUUUAAUUCAAAUGAGUGACCACGGUUCCAGAUUUGCGGAUAUACGUGAAACAUUCCAAGGGAAACUAGAGGAAAGACUACCAUAUUUCGCUUUGCGAUUUCCGUCUUGGUUUAAAGUGAAAUAUCAAGAUAUUUACGAAAAUUUUCUGUCAAACGCUAAAAGAUUAACUACACCUUUCGAUAUACACGAAACAUUCCAUGAUAUUCUUGAUCUCACAAGAACGGACCAAAUCAACCUCAGUCAGAUUUCAACAAGAGGCAUUAGUUUAUUUAGACCUAUACCAGCUGAGAGAACCUGUUCAGAAGCUGGCAUUGAACCGCAUUGGUGCGCAUGUCUAAAAUGGACGGAGAUUUCUGUUGACUUUCCACAUAUCAUAAUUACCGUAACGAAAGUAAUAGACUUCAUCAACAAACACACCAGUCAUUUUAGAAGUAGAUGUAGCGAACUUUACCUCCUUAAAAUAAAAGAUGCCUUUAAAUUUGGAAUAGACCACGAUGUACUGAAGUACAAGGGAAGCGUAGAUGAAGACGGGCGGUUACCACAGUUUGGAGAUUUCAAACAGAAUGUAAAUGAAAUAUAUCAAGUGACGUUUGUAACUAUUCCAGGUAAUGGGACAUUUGAAGCAAGUGUUAAUCACACAUCUUCCGGUGAAUUUGUUGUAAACGGACGACAGAUUAGCCGGAUUAAUAAAUAUGGUCACCAUGCCGACUGUAUUGUAGAGUUAGCUCCCCAUCUCAGGCCUUAUUGUUAUUGUCAGUGAUGUACAACCUGUCAAUAUACUCUCGUAUCUUAGCUUAUUUGUUUUCAUAUAUUGUAUGUUUCUCAAAAUGUCUUCAAAUCUGUAGCAUAAAGGUAGAGGCAGACUGUUUCCAAUAUUACUGAUCUUUAAUGUAUCGUCUGCGGUGUUUUACACAAGAUAGUCUGAAUGUGUUAACCUAUAAUACUACAGAUGGUCAUUUUGAUAUGGAACAAACAAAGGAAAUGAACGUUAUGUGUAUGCGUAACUUUAAUGAUUUUAUUGUUUGUAACUCGAAAUGUACAGAAAAGUGAUAAAAAUGCAUAUAUUGUUCGUUUAAAAAUCGAAAACAACUUGUUUGGUGACUAAGUACUACUGAGCCUGGAUAAUGUUUAUGGUGGAUUGCUUACCUAGAGUGCAUACAAUUGUAUACAAGAAUUGAUCACGGUUUAUUAUUAAUCAUGGAUGAAAGGUAAUUGAUACCAGCUGAUACGUAUACAUGUACUUUAGUUUGUAUGUAUGAAAUCUACCGCGUGAACGUGUUUGUUUCUGGUUUAGUUUAAACAUAUUUUAUGGUAUAGAUAUACAAAGGGAUCGGGCACAAGUUUUCCAACUUAUAUACAGCCCUUUCCCAAAAACAGUAUACAACACAAAUAUAUACACAAGAUUACAUUAGAAUUUACAUAAAGUGAUCUUAUGUUUGAAAAUGGGAGUUUAAGAAGAGUAGAGAUAGGGUGAUAAUUAGAGGGAAAUGGAGGGAGAGUCUCCUUCUUGUACAAUCUAAUUUACAAUUUUUGAAGAAUAAUUAAAACAUUUUUGACAAGAAAGUUUUAAAGUAUUGUUUUUAGACAGAGUGAGUGAUCUUUCUCGACUCAGCUGACAUUUGU